CGUAAAAUCGUAUGAAAGGAGAAAAAUAAUGAAUUAGAUUUUUUUAGUUUAACUUUAAGAGUGAAUUAUUAUUUGGCUUUUUUUUUGAAUUAGUAUUUGGCUAUUUCACUCGAUGAUUUAUCUUCCUCGCGUUGUUGGCAAACUUUUGAAAGUUAUUUCAAUGACACAUAAAAAAUCAAUUACGGGUUCAUUUUGGUAAGAAAUCCAAUCAUUAUCUCCACAUUUUCUUUUCCUUGCUUAUAUCUCACACUAUAAGAAAAAUCUUGACUUCCUUUUGGAAGAUAAAGAAACAAUGUAUUUCACUUUGGGAAUAUUAAUAAGAAUAUGGUUCAGUCCAUAAGUAGUUUAUUAAUUUCUGUUAUUGUACUCCUAAUUUAAGUCUACAAAUGAUAAUGAUAUAUAAUCAUUGUCAUAUAUUUAUUUGGUAUAUGCAACUAUUAUUCACUGGCAUUACAUGUUACGAAUUGACCAAAAAAGAUAGUGUAACGAGCUAUUCCCCAUAACAAAUUUUAUUUUAACGAAUGCUUACAACAAUUUUUAUGUGGCAUGUAGAUAUAUAAAAGAAUAGUGAGAAAAUAAUAAAAUAUAAAAUAUGAUGUAAAUGAAUAUUUUUUUGGGGAUUUAGUCAACAUUUCAUGUUUCUAGUUUUGAAAAAUUGUUUAUAUACGUCUAUUCUUUUUUUUUUGAGCAACAUAUAUGUCUAUUCAAUUCUGAAAUUUUCUGUAAACAUAAUAACUAAAUAUAUUAGUGGUAUAUUUGUAAUAUAUUAUAUUUAUAACUUAUUUUUUAUUUUCUUUGAGAUAUAUAAUUAUCUAUUUAAACUAUGUAUGCCACAUCAGCACUAUGAAUUUAGACUUUUUUACUUUUAAUUUAAUAUAUAAGGGGAAUCGUUCUCUCAAUCAGGACAAUUGUUAACCAUGUCUUUUCGAGGCGAUAGAAUCGAUGAUGAAACGCCUCUCUUCUGGAGUCCGGAAUAUAUUUUCGAGUUACCGGAACCAUGUCUUCCAUUAAGGCAGCCACAAAAUCACCAACACCAAGCCCUUCAUGGACAACAACAAGGCAUUUCGCAUGAGUCUUGGUUACGAGGAAAUCUAGUAAAUGUGCGUUCAAGGGUACGACAAUUUUUCUUCAGUCAACCCAUGCUAAGUUCGGAAGAUCCGAGCCUUUUUACAAUGAACCAAAUAGGGAUGGGUCAACGAAUCGGACAAGGAAAUGGAGUUGAACACCCAACUAUGUCUUAUUUUCAUGAGUUUCCAAAUCAUCUUCAAGAGAUACAACAAGUAAGUUCUGAUGCAUUUGGUUCACUGUUUCCUCAACGCUUCCAUCGUUUUUCAGAUGAUAACCUUCCAGUUAUCACCACAAACACAACAGCAACUUCUCUAAACAGACAACAACAUUGUCUUUGUGCUCAUACUCUUUCAACUAGAGAGCCUCUGUUAAGCAACCGAAAUCAUAAUUAUUAUGAUUUGAAUCAAUUUUUGGCGGUGAAUACAGAGCAUUCAAGUCACAUAGGCCCGAGCAAUCUCAUUCCAAAUGGGUUACAUAAUUAUAUGCCUCAUCAGACGUAUGUCCCAAUCACUUCGGCUUUUAACAUAAAUGGACAGCAACUGCCCCCAUCGGUUUUAGCCAUUCGGCGUAAUGAAGCUCACAAUCUAAGGACGGUUAACAAUUCAGCUAGGCAUCAUGUCAAUAUGCAAAGAAGGUUGCAUCAGUCCUCAUCAAGUUUUCGGGUUUCCAGCUUAUACACUCUGCUGCGUAGACGUCCAAGCGCAAACUCAAGCAUACCUCCACAAAAUGAAGUUAUAGGAUCUCGGCGAAGAACUUAUGAAAGUCGGUUUCAAUUUGGGGAACCAUCAUCUUCUACUCGACGCAGGAGGGCUACACCAGCAGAUGGAAGUGUUGGUUCAACUGCAAUCAAUCCUACUGAAGAAAGGAGAGUAAAUGGACUGUACGAUCCAGAAUACCAAAGACAAGGUCUAUGUAUUGACCCUCACUUGAGAAAUUUUCUCAAUCAAUAAAUGGUUCUUGAUCUAUCCUCAAACCUUCAGCAAGUGAAAGGAAUCUAUAGGUCACUGAUCUAUCCUCAAAACUUUGAAUAAAUGAAAGGUUUUAUGUUUAAUGGUGUGUUGUCAUGGUCCCUCCUUUUCUUUUUCUCUAUGGUCUUUAGUUUUAUCUUGCGUCAGCGUCAAGUGGAUUGUUGUUUAAAGGUUGAUGUCAGUUUACAUUAUGGUAUUUUACCCUUAUCUUACAAUCGUUAAACCGUGGUUUGUUUU